GAAGCCCGGACAGAAGUGCCGGCCACUCAUUCCGACACAAGUCGAGCAGGCUGUCAGUCAAUUGAAGACAGCGCUCGCUCGUAGAAUUCCCGCUCCGGUCGAGGAACGAAUUCACUUAAAGGUUCUUGCUCAGUGCCCGCAGUUGUUCCAAGAAAUGCAAAUACCCUCUGCAGUACCGCGUGUAAUUAAACAAGAAUGUCACCCCGCGGGGCGAAGUAGCCAGCAAUCAGACUGGGACUAAGACAAAUUCGGCAAACUGGUUUAAUACCCGAACACUCGAUGAUUAUUAGAUUCUUUUGUGUGGACGAUGCUGGCAAUUAGUUAACCCCCUACCCUCUCGGAGGCGAACGUUUAAUUCGAGAAUUAGGCAUGCCAGUGCCGCGGUGUAGUCCAAGUAAUAUAGUCCAAUCCCAUUUAUUAAGUGGUCGUUGGCCCAUCGUGCGUGAGAAGCCCUGAUUCGAAAUUACCCCCUUGAUAUUGAAGUUGCAAGUGCCAUUUUUGAAACCCUUAACGGGUUAAGGCUUGUUGUUCGAUCGAAUCUGCGCCUUUAAUAUUUGAGAAGAGUGCUCCACCGAGGGGUUAUCACCCGCGAAAAACCUUUGCCGAACACAGCUUUCGCCGGCGGCUUGCUGUGCUGAACUGUUCAGUGUUACUACAUAGCUUAUCACGCCGAUGCCUUUCCAGGAGCAAUGACUUCGAGGGAGUAAGCGUCCUAAGCCCAAGCUAAGAAGCGUCCGAAAUGGAAGCCACCACCAGUACAAUCUCGCACACCAGCUCGCUGCAGUACAGCAGCGACAUCAACGCCAUCAGUAUCGAGCAGCCGGAGCACUCGGAGGACCUCCAGUCGCUCACCGGCCUGAAGUACCUGCCAGCCUGGCCGGCGGUCAACCUGCAGUUUGCGGACCUCAGCUGCGAGGUACCCGAUCAGGCAAACGCUGGCCAGACGAAACAGAUUCUGCGGGGCGUCCACGGGGAGUUCCGCUCCCACGAGCUCACCGCCAUCAUGGGGCCCUCGGGAGCUGGGAAAACCACGUUGCUGAACCUGCUGGCCGGAUUUGGCGCCGUGGGCGACUCCGGGGAGAUACUCGUCAAUGGCAGCCCGCGCGACAUGCGUGUCUUCCGCAAAAUGUCCCGAUACAUAAUGCAGACAGAUGUGCUGGACCCCCAGUUCUCGGUGCACGAAAUGAUGCUCCUCUCCGCUCACCUUAAGCUUGGCAACGAACUGGAUCUCAAGCAAAAGCUAGAGGUGAUCGAUGAAAUCCUGGAAAUGCUUCGCCUGAAGGGAUCCGAGCACACAAUGACCCCCAAGCUGUCCGGAGGAGAGCGCAAGCGCUUGUGCAUUGCCCUCGAGCUGGUCAACAACCCGCCCGUUAUCUUCCUAGACGAGCCCACCACCGGCCUAGACGACUUAUCCAGCUCGCAGUGCAUCGCCCUGCUGAAGUCGCUGGCCGCCGGCGGCCGCACUGUGAUCUGCUCCAUCCACACGCCCUCCGCCAAGAUAUUCGAGAUGCUCGACGCCGUGUACGUGCUCGCCGAGGGCGAGUGCAUCUACCAGGGCGGCGGGGCCAGCAUUGUGCCUUACAUGGAGCACCUGGGUCUGAGCUGCCCGAUCACUUACAACCCCGCGGACUUCAUCAUCGAAGUGGCUUGUCGGGAAUACGGCGACUCCUACCACGAACCGAUGGUGAAGGCUGUCCUGAACGGAAAGGUUUCACGAUGGGCUCCUCCGGGGGAGGACGGAAAGGCCACGCCCACCAAGACGGACACCACCUCGGGAGCCUCGUCCUUCUACGAGAUGGAGCAGUUCGACCUGGAGCUCAGUCCGAAGCUUCUGCGGGCCAAGUGCACCUGGUGGAUGCAGUACAAGCUGCUGCUGGCCCGGAUGCUGCUCCAGAUGUGGCGGGACAAGUCCUACAUCAAGCUCAAGUUCUACAUGAACAUCGUGCUGGCCCUGCUCGUGGGUUCGUUGUACUUUGGGAUGGGCACCUCGGCCUCCAAGGCGCUGUUCAACUUCGGGUUCAUGUUCACCAUUGUAAUUGCCUACCUGUACCUGCCCAUGAUGCCGGUGCUCCUAUACUUUCCCUCGGAGAUAAACCUCCUAAAGAGGGAGUACAACAACCAAUGGUACCGCUUGAGCGCGUACUACGCCGCCAUGGUCUCCUCCAAGCUGCCCUCCAUGUUCGUCCUGGCCGUGAUCUACCUUUCCAUCGUGUACUUAAUGUCCAGCCAGCCUCUGGAGUGGUUCCGCUUCGCCAUGCUCUUCUCCAUAGCCUUCGUCACGGCCCUGACCUCCGACAGUUUCGGGCUGCUCAUCUCCAGCAGGCUUAGCUUAGUGAACGCCAUGUUCAUGGGCCCCGUGCUGGCUGUGCCCCUGAUCCUGCUGUCCAUCUACGGCAUCGGAUACGGCCGGGGAAGCUACAUAUCGCCUCUGAUGCGCUUUCUGAUGCACCUGAGCUUCCUGCGCCACGGCAUGGAGGGCCUCGUCGCCGCCCUGUACGAUUACGGCCGCGGCGACACGAUCUGCGAGGAGACGGAGAUCUUUUGCAGCUUCCAGAAGUCAAAAGUCCUGCUCGCCUUCCUGGGCUUCGAGCAGAUGCACUACGCCUGGUCGCUCUUCUGCCUGCUCGGGUUCUACGUUCUCUUCACCUUGGCGGCCUACGUGAUGAUCCGCCAACGGCUGAAGCGAUCAGCAGCCAACCCUAUUGUGGCCUACGCCUUGCAGUUGCUUACCAAGUACUUUAACUUUACGUCGUACAAUUACUAGAGAAACCAGGACGAGGACGAAGAGCCGGUGUUGGUGCCUUAAGCUAGUUUUAAACCCGAAUAAGCCAUAUGACCUAGAAUAAGAUUCAGAAAUGUAUUUACGGUAAGACCGUCUUUAGGGGAAACUGAGUGAUAUACGGAGAGAUCCAAAUAAACUUUAUUUAAAUACAAAAA